UCAUGACCAACCUGAAUACUUGAGAUUUUUCACUUGUUCACAACGAGCUUCAACAAGCUCAGUGAAACACAUUAGACUGACUGUCAAUCAUAGAAACACCAGAAGACAAAAAAAAAAAAAAAAAAAAAAAGAAGCAAGAGAACCAAUCAGCGUGGAUAUUUUAACCGAGCCUGUGACUGCAGUUCCUGGUCUGUGUCUUUCAGCAAAUAAACAAACUCUCGGGUCUACACUGUCAUCACUGGUUUCUGGGUGGAGCACUGUCAUUAAAUCUCUCAGAGACAAAAAUUAGAAAGUGAAACAGUGCAGGCAUGGCCAGAUGGACAAAGAGAGGGAGCGAGGGAGAGAUAAAUAUAACACAAAACCUUCAGAGAGAGCAAGAGAGAGACGCUGGAAAGAUAUAUUUAAAGCACAGGAAGAAGAGAGAGACAGAGACAAAGAGGACAGCUUGGAUUUGCAAUGUUAAAGGAGAAGUUUUCAUGAGGAGAUGAAUGAAACAGAUCUGCCUCUUGUGAUCCAGGCAGGGGAUGGGAGGGCUCUGUCCAGAGCCGAGUUUCUUUCACUGUUCAGCACUUACAACUGCUUUCUGAAAGACCAGACUCAACUACACCUCAGCUAUACACAGGAGGCAGAUGGAGAGGUGGUGGUGGAGGGUUUCCUGAAUAUCUCCUGGGGAGUGCGGAGGCCCAUCAGGCUGAAAAUACAGGACGACAAACAGAUCCUUCCUUUUGUUCCUCCGAACUCACCCGACCCCAUCAGCCCAGUCGGUCUCAUGGGAAACAGAAGGGGUAUGUCACGAUGGGGAGAAUACAUUGACCUCCACCAGAUAGAUGAGAUGGUUGAGACGCCACAAGAAACUGCAGCCAACAAGCCUCUGCCAGCCCCGCCUGUGUAUGAGACAGCCACCCUGCGCCCAGCGAGGAGUAAAAACCCCGAGCUGGAGGUGGAGUCCAACCUCUUUCGCUGCAUGAGCGACGCCUCUUUGGUUCAGAGGAGGAGGAGAGGCAGAGAAAAGUCGGCAGCUCAACGGGAGGAAGAGAGGCAGCAUCGCUUCUCCAUCAACGGCCACUUCUAUAACUACAAAACCUCUAUCUUCACACCGUCCUUCGGUACUCCGACCAAAGUUCGUACCUCCAGCAGAAUGACCACAAACCAAGUCAUCAAACAGCUGCUCCAGAAAUUCAAGAUAGAGAACGAUCCCCAGGAGUUUGCACUGUACUGUGUUCACCAGAGUGGAGAAAAGAGGAAGCUGAGCGACAGGGACCAACCGCUGUGGGAACGCAUCCUUCAGGGACCAUCAGAUGACACCAUGAAGAUCUUUUUGAUGGACAAGGAUGAGGAGGAAGUCAGCAAUGACGUCGCCCAGUAUCUGAACUUGGAGCUUCCCAUCCUGGAACAGGUUCUACUGAAACUGACAGAGGAGGAGAACACAGAGAUACAACGGGUUAUCAGCAAGUACCAGCACCAGCAAAAAGUCUUGACCAGGAUAAUGAACCAUAAGACCCCCCCUCACAUCGAGACCAGCGUCUGAAGAAAGUUCAGUAAACAAGAUUCAGCACAUAUCUAAUAUUUAACACACAAUCAUCUCUCAAGAACUCUGUAGCUUCAUUAAUUCUACCUUCUAAACAUGACUUUGGAGUGUGACAAGAGAGAAACGAUUCAGUUACUUCAGAAUUCAGCAUCCAUCCGUCUUUUACCUGCAUUAUAGAACUCAUCAAUCCAGCUGAUGUGAACCUGAACAUUAUGGACACAUGGAAUCUAACAAAAGAUCUUCUUCUUAUUCUACUUGAAAAGUCUUACCAACUUGUUUCCUCUGUAUUAAUUUUUACUUCUAUUUUUGUUUUGCUUUUUACAAUUGUGAGACUAUUUGAUGAAUUUCCAUCUUUCUGAAUAAAUGCUGAGUCCAGUUUCAAAAGAAGUUUCUUUUCUCUUUCCAGAGUGAGACUGAGAGGAAGAAAGCAGGAAAAAGACAAAGAUAAAUAAUAAAAAACAAAAAACAAAAAAAACACAAUCUAAUUUAGUGAGAAUCCACUCCAGAUCCGAAUAAAGGACUCUGUUCAGGAC